AUGACAGCCAGCGUGGUGCUGGAAAUUGUGAUCAAAUACCCGGAUGGUUUUGUCUGCUACUUUUUCUGCAGCCACGACGACGCGGAAUCGAUCAAGGCGAGAACCAUUAUUGGUAGCCUCGCAAGGCAACUCUUGAGCUUCCUCAACCCUGACGCGUUUGACAACAUUUACGUGAUCGAAUAG